UCCUUUUUCUUUUUUCUUUUUCCCUUUCUUUGUUUUCUUAUCUUUGUCCAUAAUAACAUACUAUCAACACUCCUAAUGCCUACGUUUACUUCAAAAAUAUCAAGAAUGAAAUCAGUCAAAUUAUCCUUCAACAAAAAAAGAUCCGAAGAAGAAGAGCAAAAGGAUCAAAACCAGUCAGUGGAACAUCCUAUUUACUACAAUAAUAACCUGAGCACUCCUGAAAUAUAUCAAUCAACUGUAUUACCUGUAUCAGCAAAGAGUUUUACAGAAGCAUUAAAUGUUAUUUCAAAGGAAGCAAAAAAUACCCAAUAUGAUGAUGUCUUUGAUAGCUUCUUUUUUAAUGAUAAACGUUGUCAACACCGAGCACUCUUUAUGGCUUCCCGCUUAAAACAGAGUUUGGACAUUAACCCUAUUCGUUUUAGCUCACCCACAUUACGUACAUCAACACCGAUUGCUGUCCAACCGUCUCAAAGCACACCCGUAAAAGCAUCCUUAGGAUCACAUGCAUCAAUGGAUGAACCUGCACUUCGAACAUCACUUGAUAAUUAUACCAAAAAGCCUACAGUAGAUAGCUUUUGGAGACUGGUCACUCAUAGAUUAUACACCUUGAAUUAUAUCUUGUUUGUCCUACCUUCAGAUUCAGAAUGUCGGCGACAGUUUUUAAAUAGAAUUGAAGCGGAUUUAGCAACUAUCGGUGAUGGUCAAGAGCUCUAUCGAGUCGGCGGUAUGGAAGCCCACUUUGCUGUCCGAUAUGCAUUAGAGCAUAAACGAUCAAGACGUAGAAAAACACUUUUAGAAGAUGCAUUUGAAGCAGAGAGAUUACAACAGUACGGCAGUUUACCAAACUAUACACUCGAAGAUAACAAAACUGUGAACCAAGCAAGACUCAUCAUCGAGCAGUGUCUAGAAAGCGAGUCAAAGUUAGGUCAUGCCGAAAAAGAUGCCAUGUAUGUAUUUCACAGCUUAAGAGCUGGGUUACUGGAUGCAUUUGAACCACAUAUCGAACUAGAAGAGGAUAAAUCCUUACGUCACAGAUUAAAGAGACUUGUAGAACAAAACAAAGAAAUGACAAAACCGACUUAUCAAAACCCUUUUGAAGAUGAAGAAUGCAUAGUUACCGAAGAAGACGACUCCUCGAAUGAAGAUAAAAACUCAAGAGAAAUUGACAGUGGGUUUUUUGAUGGCUGGAUUCCAACAACUACAAAAACAACUACAUAAGGUUUUAUACAAAUGUUUUUGUGUUUGUGUAUGUGUGUACAACUAAUGUAUAUCAUUUAAAUAUAUCCCUCUCUUCCCUCCCUUUCUUUGUUCUUGUAGCUUUUUAAUAUAGUAUUCUUUUUAUCCCGUAAUGAUCAUUCUUGUACGGAAAUGCACUUGGUUCUCCCUGAAUGAUAAGUAAAUGAUGUCAGUGCUUGCCAAUAAGCAGUAAUGAAAGUUGCCGAUAUUAUGCAAACAUAACACCUUUUUUCUAAAUAUUUGCACUUGCCAUGAAUGUGACUUUAGAAGAACAAGAUGGAUAAAUACUUUUACUGUCUCAACUUGGAUGAUACAUUUGUCAAAGGAAAAUAGACAAGAGAAAGAAAGGCUUAUCUAUGGCAUAGAGAGUAACUGACGACUUUUUUUUUUAAAAAAAAAAAAAA